AUGGUUGUACCUAACAGAAUUGGCGUUUCUCCGAUGUGCCAGUACACCUCCGAUAACUACGAGGUGACUGAGUACCACAAGGUCCACUAUAGUGGAUUGGCAUUGAGAGGACCAGGAUUAAUUGUAGUUGAGGCUACUAGUGUGUCUCCGAAUGGUGGAACAUCCAUUGUUGACUUGGGUAUCUGGAAGGACUCCCAGGCUGAAAAGUUUAGACCGAUCGUGGACUUUGCCCAUGCCAAUACUUCUAAAAUAGGCAUCCAGCUCGGCCAUGCGGGUAGAAAAGCCAUGCAAUCAGCUCUUUUCGAGUAUUUAGAGAAUUGGGACCCAAGAGGUAAAAAGGAAGAAGUGGUUGCACCCUCAGCUAUACCUUAUAGACCGGGAGGAAGACUUCCAACUCCCAGAGAAUUAUCUAUUGAAGAGAUUCAUGAAGUUGUCAAGCAGUUUGGACAAGCAGCCAAAAGGGCAGUUGAUGUUGGAUUCGACUUCGUGGAAAUCCAUGCUGCUCACGGAUACUUAAUCAGCGAGUUCUUAUCUGCUAGGUCCAAUCAUCGUACAGACCAAUAUGGAGGGUCAUUCGAUAACAGAAUCCGAUUCUUGUUGGAAAUUAUUGAUGCUGUGAGGGAAAAAAUUCCAAAAGAUUUCCCACUUUUUUUGAGAUGGAGUGGCAGUGAGCUCAGUAGCGACCCUAAAGGAUGGACAGUUGAGGAUUCGAUCAAGUUGGCACCCAUCGUUGUAGAUCAUGGGGUGGAUUUCCUUGAUGUUUCUGCUGGUGGAAACGACUCAAACGCACUUAGAGCACCCAAGGGAUUUGGAAUGUUUCUUGAGUUUGCAACCGAAGUUAAGAAGGCUGUUGGAGACAAAGCAGUUGUUGCUUCUGUGGGCAGAUUGCACGAUCCAGUAAAGAUCAACCAGUUGCUCGAAGAUGGAGUGAUUGAUUUUGCUUUGGUGGCAACCGGGGUUCCAUUCGAAUACCCAAUGGCAGAAGGUGUUGUAGGGUCUGCAAUUGACUUAUCGGAGAAAACUCCAAAGCUUUUCCAACCAUUGAAGGUCAAAAAUAUGGUCUUACCUAACAGAAUUGGUGUGUCUCCAAUGUGCCAGUACACGGCUGACAACAACGAGGUGACCGAAUACCACAAAGUCCAUUAUGGGGGACUUGCAACCAGAGGACCAGGCUUAGUAGUGGUGGAGGCCACUUCAGUUGCUCCUUAUGCUGUGACAUCUGUGGUGGACUUGGGAAUUUGGAAGGACUCUCAGGCAGAGAAAUUCAGACCAAUAGUCCAAUAUGCUCAUGCCAAUACGUCAAGAAUCGGAAUCCAAAUUGGUCAUGCUGGCAGAAAGGCUAUGCAGUCAGCGUUGUUUGAAUAUUUAGAGAACUGGGACCCCAGAGGUAAAAAGGACGAGGUGGUAGCUCCAUCUGCUGUCAUCUACAGACCAGGUGGAAGACUUCCAAUACCCAGAGAAUUGACAAUUGAAGAAAUUCAGGUGAUUGUUAAGCAAUUUGGUCAAGCAGCAAAGAGAGCUGUUGACGUUGGAUUCGACUUUGUUGAAAUUCACGCUGCUCACGGAUAUUUGAUCAAUGAGUUCAUGUCGAGUCUUUCCAACAAGAGAACAGAUCAAUACGGCGGAUCAUUUGAAAACAGAAUCAGAUUUUUGAUGGAAACGAUCGAUUCUGUCAGAGCAAAUGUUCCUAAAAGCUAUCCGGUUUUCUUGAGAUGGAGUGCCUCUGAAUUGAGUGACAACCCAGACUCGUGGACCGCUCAAGAUUCCGUGAAAUUGGCUCCUUUGGUGGUGAAGCGUGGCAUCGACUUACUUGAUAUUUCAGCCGGAGGGAACGAUUCCAUGGCCCUCAGAAUUCCCAAAGGCUUUGGAAUGUACGUGGAUAUUGCAAAGCAAGUGAAAGAAGCUGUGAGAGACACUGCGGUGGUGUCUUGUGUGGGAAGGUUGAAUGACGCUACAAAGGUGAACGAUCUACUCGAGCAGGGGGCAUUCGACUUUGCAUUUGUGGGUACUCCUUUUGUUAUCAACCAAGGAUUGGUCUACGAGUGGGCUGAACAGUUGGGUGUGGAGAUCCACCAUGCACCAUCACAUUGGCCAGUUCGUAUGAAGAUUGAGGAAAUGAUGCAGUAUGUGAUGGAGUCCAUGGCUCGGGCACAAUUGUAG